GGUGGUAACCAAUAUAGAUGGAGUAGGAGGGAGAGUAGCAAGGGAUGAAGUCAGAGGAGUGGCAGAAGGUCAGAGGACAGAGGGUCUUGUAGACCAUUAUAAAGAUUUCGGCUUUUACCCUUAGUGAGAUGGGAAGUCAUUGGAGGCUCUUGAGGAGAUAAUACGGAAGCUGUAGAGAGGUUAAAUAGCUUUUCCAAGGUAAAACAGCUUGAGUGGCAGAAGGUAGGGAGUUAAGCGCCAAGGCUGAAGUUCUUAACCCUAUGCUGCAUUUGGGCAUUGCUCUCCUGUGACUUCAAAGAAACUGGGACACUGGGAAGUUAUGCGGCUUGCCUAAGGCCACACAGCUGGUAAGUGACAGGGGCAGGAUUGCGCCUUAGUCUGUCUGCAGCCCGACUCCAAGUUCUUUACACCACACCGCCUCCCUCAGGUGUCUGGACCAUACUGGCUUCUCUUGCAUGGAGGUCACUGAAGUGGGAGAGGAGGCAAACCGAGGAGACCGUCUCGGCUUCGGGCGGCGGUGCUGUUCCUUAGGAAGCUCCAGCCCUUGGCUCUACCGGACUGCGGGCAUCUUUCCCGAGCAAGGCACGGAAGAAAAGAAAAUUGGCCUUUAUUUCGGGGUGGCCCAGCAGGCAUCCAAGAGCCAGAGGAGCAGGUGUCACGGGAGAGCGGCGAGCAAGGCCAGGCCAGGAGGAGCAACCGCAGCCGCCCACGGUCGCCCCUUCCUGACCCACCCCAGGUGUCCGGAGUUCCGCGCCCGGGUAGGGGAAGGAGGGCGGACGGGGCGGGGUCGUCGGGGGCCCACCAUGCUGGUGACUGCCUACCUUGCUUUUGUAGGCCUCCUGGCCUCCUGCCUGGGGCUGGAACUGUCAAGAUGCCGGGCUAAGCCCCCUGGAAGGGCCUGCAGCAAUCCCUCCUUCCUUCGGUUUCAACUGGACUUCUAUCAAGUCUACUUCCUGGCCCUGGCAGCUGACUGGCUCCAGGCCCCCUACCUCUAUAAACUCUACCAGCAUUACUACUUCCUGGAAGGUCAAAUUGCCAUCCUCUAUGUCUGUGGCCUUGCCUCUACAGUCCUCUUUGGCCUGGUGGCCUCCUCCCUUGUGGAUUGGCUGGGUCGCAAGAAUUCUUGUGUGCUCUUCUCUCUCACUUACUCACUAUGCUGCUUAACCAAACUCUCUCAAGACUACUUUGUGCUGCUAGUGGGCCGAGCACUUGGUGGGCUGUCUACAGCCCUGCUCUUCUCAGCCUUCGAGGCCUGGUACAUCCAUGAGCACGUGGAACGGCAUGACUUCCCUGCCGAGUGGAUCCCAGCUACCUUUGCUCGAGCUGCCUUCUGGAACCAUGUGCUGGCUGUAGUGGCAGGUGUGACAGCUGAGGCUGUAGCAAGCUGGAUAGGGCUGGGGCCUGUAGCGCCCUUUGUGGCUGCCAUCCCUCUCCUGGCUCUGGCAGGGGCCUUGGCCCUUCGAAACUGGGGGGAGAACUAUGACCGGCAGCGUGCCUUCUCAAGGACCUGUGCUGGAGGCCUGCGCUGCCUCCUUUCGGACCGCCGCGUGCUGCUGUUGGGCACCAUACAAGCUCUAUUUGAGAGUGUCAUCUUCAUCUUUGUCUUCCUCUGGACACCUGUGCUGGACCCACAUGGCGCCCCUCUGGGCAUUGUCUUCUCCAGCUUCAUGGCAGCCAGCCUGCUUGGCUCUUCCCUGUACCGUAUUGCCACCUCCAAGAGGUACCACCUUCAGCCCAUGCACCUGCUCUCCCUUGCUGUGCUCAUCGUCGUCUUCUCUCUCUUCAUGUUGACUUUCUCUACCAGUCCAGGCCAGGAGAGUCCAGUGGAGUCCUUCAUAGCCUUUCUACUUAUUGAGUUGGCUUGUGGACUAUACUUUCCCAGCAUGAGCUUCCUACGGAGAAAGGUGAUCCCUGAGACAGAGCAGGCUGGUGUACUCAACUGGUUCCGGGUACCUCUGCACUUACUGGCUUGCCUAGGGCUCCUUGUCCUCCAUGACAGUGAUCGAAAAACAGGUACUCGGAACAUGUUCAGCAUUUGCUCUGCUGUCAUGGUGAUGGCUCUGCUGGCGGUGGUGGGACUCUUCACCGUGGUAAGGCAUGAUGCUGAGCUGCGGGUACCCUCACCUACUGAGGAGCCCUAUGCCCCUGAGCUGUAACCCCAUGCCAGGACAGGAUAGCUGGGACAGACUCUUGAAUUCCAGCUAUCCAGGAUUGUACAGAUCUCUCUGUGACUGACUUUGUGACUCUGUCCUGUGGUUUCUCCUGCCACUGCUUUGUGUUUGGGAGGACAUGAUGGGGGUGAUGGACUGGAAAGAAGGUGCCAAAAGUUCCCUCUGUGUUACUCCCAUUUAGAAAAUAAACACUUUUAAAUGAU